AUGUGUCCCGGAGUGUCAGAUGAAGAAGAAGCAGAAGCCUGCGUAGCACUUAUGGCUCUCAACACUUUCGCGGCGCUCUGGGUCGCAAUCUACUACGUGGGAAUAACAGCUCUGGGCGUCUGGUCGAGCCGCAAACUGAACGCUGCUCAGCGCUCGAGCCGCCGCACCAGCCGCUUGUCCUCCCGUGUUCAGGACGACACAGAUAGUUUCUUGGCACGCUAUUUUCUGUGCGACCGGCAGAUGCCACUACUGCUAGGAUUUACGUCCAUGACUGCGACGUGGGUUGGUGGCGGCUACCUCAAUGGCACCGCCGAGGCAGUCUACCGGCUUGGUCUCAUCCACUGUCAGGCUCCAUUCGGAUACGCCGUCAGCCUGCUUUUAGGGGGAGCCUUUUUUGUGACAAAGCUUCGUGAAACGGAAUCUACCACAAUGUUGGACCCCUUUCAGCGCCGCUACGGCAAAUGGAUCAGCCUGAUGCUCUUGCCACCGGCCAUCUGUGGGGAAGUUUUCUGGACGGCUGCUGUGCUCGCCGCUCUGGGUGAGGACAGCGAGACUGCCUUCAGUCUAGAUUAA